UCCUCUUCUGUCACUCUCAAUUCUCUAGAUUUGUACUUGCUUGCAUCUCAAUUCUUUACGGCAUUACAUCUUCCUUUGUGGAUUUAUACUUUGUCUUGCUUAUUUAAAGGUUGUCAUUCCCAACUUUGUAAUUCAUCAACUACCCAUAAAGCUCUUCUCUAUGCUUUCUUCUUCUGUGUACAAGGAGGACCGGAGGAAGGCUUCAAAAUAACAAAUCGUAGCUGCUGAGUGUGUGUGGCACAGUUCAGAGAGACCCUCGUUGGCUCACUAAGGAAAAACUAAGACCAGAAAACCUGGAGAGAUCGAUGUUUGGAGUACAGCGUCCAUCUAAUACUUACGGACUGGUCUUAUUCUCUAAUACCUACGGGACUAAAGUGCUUCCCAUCAGACCACUACCGACGACUGUGUUUCCAAAACUGAAGAGUUGUCAUUUUCGUCGUCGUCUCCGCUCAGUCUCCGGUGGUGGUUGUGGUGGUGGUGUCAUUAGAGCCACCAUGGCGGCUAAUACACGAGAGAACUCUGUCACCAUUACUGCCGUUGUGACAGUUCAUAUUUCAGUAAGCCUUAGUGAUGUUGAGGAUAUUCUUGGCAGAACUUUUCAUUUGGAGCUCGCAAGCACCCAACUUGAUCUAAAGACGAGAUUGGAGAAGGAUACAAUAAAAGGGCAUGCACAUUGGGUGAGCCAGGACAAGGGGAAUGCAAAGUACGAAAGCAAGUUGGAGGUUCCUGCAACUUUUGGGGAUGUGGGUGCAGUACUUGUGGUGAAUGAGCACCCCUCGGAGCUUUUCAUUAGGACCAUUGUCCUCAAUGGAUUUCCCACUGGUCCUCUCCACAUCAACUGCAACUCUUGGGUCUGUCCCAAGUUCGAGAACCCACAAAAGAGGAUCUUCUUCACCAACAAGUCCUACUUGCCAUCUCAAACACCAAGUGGUCUGAGGAAGCUGAGAGAGGAGGAUCUUGAGGACCUUCGUGGCAAUGGGAAGGGAGAACGAAAGGCUUUCGAGAGGAUCUAUGACUACGAUAAGUAUAAUGAUCUUGGAGACCCAGACAGCAGCAAAGAACUAGCAAGACCAGUCCUAGGAGGUGAGAAGCACCCUUAUCCAAGACGUUGUAGAACAGGCCGUGAACAUUGCAAAACAGAUCCAUUGUCGGAGGAAAGAAGUCUCUCCAUAUACGUGCCAAGGGACGAGGAAUUCUCUGAUGUUAAGACACUAACAUUCUAUGGUGAGACAAUAAGUACUGGGUUGGAUGCUUUGCUCUCUCAGAUCAAAGGUGCUCUCACAGACGACAAUCUUGGAUUCACAUCCUUCAUUGCCAUUGAUUCCCUCUUCACUGAUGGGCUGAACUUACCCCAAGCUAAAGAACAAGGGUUAUUGAAGAAGCUAACUUCAACACUUACCAAGGCUAUAACAGAAGGAGACCAGAUCCUGCGCUUUAAGACCCCUGAACUGUUUGAUAGAGACCAGUUUUCUUGGUUAAGAGAGGAGGAAUUCGCUCGCCAAACACUUGCCGGUGUCAACCCCUAUACCAUUCAGCUAGUCACAGAAUGGCCAUUGAAGAGUGAGCUCGAUCCUAAGAUCUAUGGUCCACCGGAGUCGGCAAUUACAACUGAAAUUGUUGAGCAAGGAAUUGGAUAUUCAAUGACCGUCGAUGAGGCCAUAAAGGAAAAGAAACUAUUCAUGUUAGAUUAUCAUGAUUUGUUGUUACCUUAUGUGAAGAACGUAAGAGAGAUUCAAGGCACAACAUUAUAUGGGUCUCGCACACUACUCUUUCUCACCUCUGAUGGCACACUGAAACCCCUUGCUAUUGAGCUCACUCGACCACCCAUAGAUAACAAGCCACAGUGGAAACAAGUGUUCUUGCCUAGUACUGAUACCACCAAUAGUUGGUUAUGGAGACUAGCCAAAUCUCAUGUUUGUGCUCACGAUUCAGGUUACCAUGAGCUUGUCAGCCACUGGCUGAGGACUCAUUGUUGUACAGAGCCAUACAUAAUUGCAGCUAAUCGUCAACUAAGUGCAAUGCAUCCAAUCUACAGAUUGUUGCAUCCUCAUUUUCGGUACACAAUGAAGAUCAAUUCCCUUGCUCGGCUGGCCCUCAUCAAUGCAAAUGGGAUAAUUGAGAGUUCCUUCUCACCGCGCAAGUAUUCAAUGGAGCUUAGUUCUGUAGCCUAUGACAAAUUUUGGAGAUUUGAUAUGGAGGGUCUACCAGCAGACCUCAUUAGGAGGGGAAUGGCUGUCAAGGAUCCAACAGCUGAGCAUGGUGUGAAGCUGACCAUCAAGGAUUACCCCUUUGCAGAUGAUGGUCUCCUCAUAUGGACAGCCAUAAAGCAAUGGGUUGGCGACUAUGUCAACCACUAUUACCCGGAUUCUACCCUAGUUGAAUCCGAUCAAGAGCUACAGGUGUGGUGGACGGAGGUCAGAACACAAGGCCAUGGAGACAAGAAGGAUGAACCAUGGUGGCCUGUCCUCAAAACAGUCGAAAUUCUUAUUGAAAUCUUGACAACCAUUAUCUGGGUUGCCUCCUGUCACCAUUCUGCUGUAAACUUUGGUCAGUAUGCAUAUGGUGGUUACUUUACGAACCGACCCACAAUUGCUAGGACCAACAUGCCCACUGAGGAUCCUUCGGAGCAAGAGCUCAAGAAAUUCAUGUACAAUCCCACAUUAGCACUCCUCCAGUCCUUCCCUUCACAGGUUCAAGCUACAUCUGUGAUGACUAUUUUGGAUGUGUUGUCAACACACUCAACAGAUGAAGAGUAUCUUGGAGGAAAGGUAGAGGCAUCAUGGGCUGAUAAUCCAGUUACCGUGGCUGCAUUUGAGAAGUUCAAUAAAAGAAUGAAGGAGAUUGAAGCAAUUAUCGAUGCCAGAAACACAGAUUUGAAGCUGAAGAAUAGAACUGGAGCUGGGAUUGUACCAUAUCAGCUCUUGAAACCAUUCUCUAAACCUGGAUUGACAGGGAUGGGAGUUCCUAAUAGUAUCUCUAUCUAGAACUGAAACAUGAGUGUUUUCAAAUAAUUAUUGCUGUGUUAUGGACACAUCUUUACCUUGAUCUGAAGAAAUAAAUUCAAUGGCUGCAAACAUUAUUCA